UAUUGCAAGUCUGCUUCUACCACUGCAAUAAAGCAAAUAUUAUAAUAAAGUGAAUCACAUGAAUUUUUGGUCCCAAUGCUUUUAAAAGUUAUGCUUACACUAUGCUGUAGUCUAUUGAGUGUGCAAUGGCAUUAUGUCUAAAGCAAUCUACAUGCAUUACUUAAAAAUACUUUUUUACUAGGAAAUGGUAACCAUCAUCAGAACCUUUACCAAGCCAAACAUUUUGCUGCUGGAGGCUCUUGCCUGAUGUUGAUGACUGCUGACUAAUCACAGUGGUGGCUGCUGAAGGUAAGACAGGUUGUACCAGUAUCUUAAAACAAGACAAAAAUGAAGUUUUGCCACGUCAAUUGACAUUCUUUUAUGAAAGAUUUUAAUGUAGCAAGCAAUGCUGUUUGAUAGCAUUUUAUACACAGUAGAACUUCUUUUAAAACGGGAAUCAAUCCUCUCAAACUGUGCCACUGUUUUUCUCAAGGAAGUUGACCAACAUGGAAUGCAAUGGGAGAGGCUUAUAUGAAUUGAAUAUGGGAGAGAGGCCAAGAAUCAUUUCAAAUAGGGUUUAAUGUCUCAAAUAUCUCUGAUCACUGAUUUGUCCAUAGUCCUCAUACAGGAAAUAACAAGGCUUUCCAGCAUCUUCAUAAGCCUGGAUUGUUCACCAGCUUUCACUCAAGCUCCUGGAGGCAUCUCCUGAAUCAAGCAACACAAAAGGAUCCUCUGAAGACACAGAAUCCCAGAAAGGCUCUCCACCUUUAGCACAAGGGAAAUCUUCACCUCUGGACAAAAGAAAAAAAAGAUAAGGGGGCACCAGACUGGGGUUUCUGAGCAUGGAUCCAACCAUCCCAGCCUUGGAUACAGAAUUGAUACCAAUCACUGGACUUAAGAAGCCUCCUUGCAACGUGCAGACCCUGAUCCUCACGGUGCUGACGUGGAUCACCUCCCUUGUCGGACUGACGGGAAACGCGGUGGUGCUCUGGCUCCUGGGCCUCCGCGUGCGCAGGAACGCCUUCUCCACCUACAUCCUCAACCUGGCAGCGGCUGACCUCCUCUUCCUCAGCAGCCGCGCUAUAUAUUCCCUGUUACGCUUCAUCAAUAUCAUUCAUCCCAUUUCUAAAUUCCUCUAUCCUAUGAUAAUGCUUUCCUACUUCACAGGCCUGAGCCUGCUGAGCGCCAUCAGCACCGAGCGCUGCGUGUCGGUCCUGUGGCCCAUCUGGUACCGCUGCCGCCGCCCCGCGCACCUGUCGGCGGUCGUGUGCGCCCUGCUCUGGGCCCUGUCCCUGCUGAGGAGCAUCCUGGAGUGGAUGCUCUGUGGCUUCCUGUUUAGUGAUGCUGAUUCUGCUUUGUGUCAAACAUCAGAUUUCAUCACAGUCGCGUGGCUGAUUUUUUUAUUUGUGAUUCUCUGCGGGUCCAGCCUGGUCCUGCUGGUCAGGAUCCUCUGUGGAUCCCGGAAGAUGCCGCUGACCAGGCUGUACGUGACCAUCCUGCUCACAGUGCUCGUCUUCCUCCUCUGCGGCCUGCCCUUCGGCAUUGUGUUUUUCCUAUUUCUCUGGAUCCCUGUGGAUUUGACUGUGUUACAUUGUCAUGUUCAUCCAGUUUUCAUUUUCCUGUCUUCUAUUAACAGCAGUGCCAACCCCAUCAUUUACUUCUUCGUCGGCUCCUUUAGGCAGCGUCAAAAUUGGAAGACCCUGAAGCUGGUUCUCCAGAGGGCUCUGCAGGACACGCCCGAGGUGGAUGAAGAUGGAGAGCGGCUUCCUGAGGAAACUCUGGAGCUGCCGGGAAGCAGGUUGGGCAGUGAGAGACAGCCUCUACCCUGUCAGUCAGACGGGACUUGA